ACUCAAAGGGAGCUGCCGGUUAUAUAUUUCUGUGAGGGGCACUCCGUAUAUGACUUGCAUGCCUCAGGUGCAAACCGCCAACUUCCAGCGUUUCAGCUGAAGUCACGCGCCCGGGCCGGUUGCUCGGAGCAACGCGAAGUGGAAAACACCGCCCGUGUCAACAGUCAACCAGGUGGCUUGAAAGCUCGCACUAGACUAAUAGACAACUCAACAGGGGACAAUCUCUGGGGAUAUAGAUCCACCCAACAUUCUUCUUUAAUGGACUCCUGAAUCGUCUCUUCCUGAUCAUCAUCGCCAUCCCGCCAACUCGCCCUUUACCUCGCCGACGGUGUAGGGGCGCCGCAGGGUACUUGGAUAUCGGCCCUCCCCGCGUUGAAUUUCUUAUCCGACCUUUACGCCCACCAAAACAGCCGCAAUUGUCGACAUAAUGGCUGCCUCCAGCGACUCGUCUUCGAUCAAUGUCUCCGUCCGAGUGAGACCGUUUACCAUCCGUGAAGCGGCCCAGAUCUCGAAAUGCGAGGAUGGCCCCUUGUUUCUCGGGGAAGGCUCCUUGGCGGGUGCUCCGACACCCAAACUGAAUCAGAAGGGCCUUCGAUCGAUUAUCAAGGUCAUUGACGACAGAUGCCUAGUAUUCGACCCCCCUGAAGACAACCCCGUACAAAAGUUCUCCAAAAGCGUCGUUCCCAACGGCAAACGCGUGAAAGACCAGACCUUCGCUUUCGACCGGAUCUUCGACCAGAGCGCCUCGCAGGGAGAGGUGUAUGAAUCGACUACUCGGAAUCUUCUUGAUAGUGUCCUCGACGGUUACAAUGCCACAGUAUUUGCGUACGGUGCAACCGGAUGUGGUAAAACCCACACGAUCACAGGCACAGCGCAGCAACCGGGUAUAAUCUUCCUUACGAUGCAAGAGCUAUUCGAGCGGAUAGAAGAGAGAUCCGAAGAGAAACACACCGAGAUCACUCUAUCAUACCUAGAAAUCUACAACGAGACCAUCCGUGACCUCCUUGUGCCAGGAGGCAGCAAAGGAGGUCUGAUGCUGCGCGAGGAUAGCAACAAAUCCGUUUCCGUGCCUGGGUUGUCGAGUCACCGCCCACAGAGCGUGCAGCAAGUGAUGGAUAUGAUCAUGAAAGGCAACGAAUGCCGCACCAUGUCACCCACGGAGGCAAAUGCCACAUCGUCCCGAUCCCACGCCGUUCUUCAGAUAAACGUUGCCCAGAAAGACCGUAACGCCGACAUCAACGAACCGCAUACGAUGGCGACCUUCAGUAUCAUCGAUCUGGCGGGCAGUGAGCGAGCCAGCGCUACCAAGAACAGGGGUGAAAGGUUGUUCGAGGGUGCAAACAUCAACAAGUCUCUGCUGGCUCUGGGAAGCUGUAUUAAUGCCCUUUGCGAUCCUCGAAAGCGAAACCACGUGCCUUACCGAAACUCCAAGCUCACCCGGUUGUUGAAAUUCUCGCUCGGUGGCAACUGCAAAACAGUAAUGAUUGUUUGCGUCAGUCCCUCAAGUCAGCAUUUUGACGAAACCCAAAACACGCUGCGCUAUGCGAAUAGAGCGAAGAACAUCCAGACCAAAGUUACGAGAAAUGUGUUUAAUGUCAACCGUCAUGUUAAAGAUUUCCUGGUGAAGAUCGACGAACAGAUGGCCCUAAUCAACCAACUGAAAGCCCAGCAAAAAGACCACGAGAAGGUCGCUUUUGCUAAGUUUAAGAAACAAACAGAGAAGAAGGACCUGGCAGUGCGUGAAGGAAUCUCUCGGAUUCGCACUGCCUACGAACACUCACUACCAGAGAGGCAGGAAAGGACGAACAAUAUGAUAAAAUUAAAGCAGGUUAGCCGCAGGAUCGGCUUGCUGUCAUCCUGGAUCGCUGCUUUCGACAAUGUGUGCGAGAAUGCAGAGCUCGAACCGCCAUUGUCAAACCUACAGGCGAUUCGCAAGACCGCCCAGGGAAUUCUCUUGGAGCUCGAAGGUAGCCGGCAACACUAUCACCAACGGCUGGCGAAGAGCAACUGGGAUCGAGGCCUAAACUCUGCCGUUGAGAAUGCCAUCCGCCAACUCCAGGAUUUCGAAAUCUGCGACAAAAGCGACCGCGCCAACCUGCAACGCGAGGCAGAACUCCUAAAGUCGAAUACGGAACGGGAGGCAUUAUCCGCAGUGGCCGAGCAAGAUAAAGCCGGGGAGGCAGCCACCGUGCAGAUACUUCUGCAAGCUCAGUUUGAGACGGUCUCUGCCAUCGAGAACAUCAUGCAAUUGAACGAGGAUGAAGCCGUUGAUGAAGGAAAGAAGAUCCUCACGAAGAUGCUGACCUCGUGCUCCAACGUGGCAACCAGUGUUGUGAAACCCGACGGCAACCUACCGUCUGUACAUUCUGUCAGCCCUGUUAAAGCCAGCUCUCCCAAGAAGAAGAGACCGAGCAUGGCUCAUGUUCCGGCCGGCAAGACGCUGAGUGCACCGAUUACCUUCACACCGGCAGCACCGCCCUCGCCUAACAAGGGCUCUCCGCGGCGCCGCAAGAUGGGCGGUGUUGGGCGAAAGAGCGUCAGCUUCUCACCCAAGAAGUCCGUGUCUAAAACCACGAAGCGAGGCGUCCGCUGGAGAGACGACGAGGAAGAUGGUACCUUAACGGAAUUCCAAAAGACUCCGCAAAAGCUGGGAGCCGCCCUUGCUCUUCCCGAAGGAAGCCCUGCCGAGCCCUCACUACCUAGAACCUCCCCCAUUCCCCGUGGAAUCCCCGUGCCCACGCGAAACUUCAGCCCUCAAUAUGCUUCAUCGCCAGUGUCUGCAGCCCCGGAGCCGACCUUGAAUGUCCAAAAAAACGCCAACCGAUUCAAGGCCGGAUUCCUCGCAAAAAAGACCAGCAGCUCGCCAAUUGCCCCUCCUCCGACAACGACGCUACCCCUGUCAGACAACGAAAAUUCUCCUCUCCGCGAAAUCGAAGGUAGCAGCUUCUUGAAUCGCGCACCUUCCGACCGUCCCUCGAGAAUUGCGGUUCGCACCUCGAGCGGGGGCUAUAGCAGCCCCAUUUCGGACAGCAAGGACAGUUGGAAAGCAAACAAGGACGAUGCCAUGCGGAUCAAUUCGGCAAUGAGGCGCAUCUCCGGGGGACAGUUUGGCACCGGACCUUCUGCCAAUACUCUUCGCGUUCACCGUCGCCGAAGUCCGGGAUCUGCCACCUACGGCAGCUCGCCCCCUGAAAACACCAUGUUCACGGCGCAAGCGAGACGGAUUGCUAAGACUGAUAAAGAGGCCGAAUCCAAGCCCCGAGUCUUGAGCCCUCGGACUAUCCCCAUCAUGAAAAACACCGGUCAUCGUCGUACGACGUUCGGUGGGGAUAUGCGACCUCGAGACAUCAGCCUGACCAGCCGAGACGCCAUCAGGCUUAGCGUUAUGGCCACGCCACGCAUCGAGAGGUCCUCGGAAAACUCAUAUCCUGGCUGGUAAUUUACAUUGUCGUUAUUUCUGCCGAAUUUGCUGGGGUCUUUUGGGUCAUUGGAACGGUGUUUUGGGGGAAAGUUAGAUACCAUUUGCUUUAUUUGCACCCUUUUGACCAGGAGUGUACCGUCUGGGUCCGGUUAACUCAUUUCACUCCUUGGUUUCGUCCAUUUUGCUUUUGAGAGGGCGCGCUUCAGAGGUGUGGUGGCUUUCUAUCUUCUCUUCGAUGUUAAUGUUUCUUUUUUGUAUUGUACGGCAUAUAUUAGGGGUUCUCGGAAACGUGUACAGUAUCAGACCUACAACAGAUUCUUCCUUUUUUCUUCUAGAAUGCUUGGAACUCUUCUCGUAAGGGAAAUCUAGAAGGGGCGAUGUCAGCAUCGGCCGGUGGAAUUAUGUCAUUCCUCGGGAUGACGCCACUAACGAGCUUCCCCGCCAUGACAAAUUCGGCAUUUGCCAGAGAAUCGACCUGUU